AGGUUGUUUGAAGGGCAUCGGCCAUUGAAUUUGUGACUUUGGCAAAGAUUGACAUCAUGGCAGGCGCAGAAAAUGAAGGCCAAUUCCAGUUCACUGGUAGUAAGAAGUAUUUCAAUUCAUACACUCUCACAGGUAGAAUGAAUUGUGUACUGGCCACAUGUGGAGGCAUUGCUUUGCUGGUCUUAUGCUUUAAGUUAAGGUCUAAAAAGACUCCAGCUGUGAAAGCAACAGGAAUGGAAUCUAAAUUUUCUGAGCUCAUCUGUUAAAUUCCUAAGCCUGGAGAAGCUAAUGUCAACUGAUCAUAUAAUAUUCAAUUUGUACAAUAAAUUAUGAACCUGG